GAUACAUAUUAGAACAGUCGUCGUUUCGCCAGAAUUUUACAUGGAACCGGUGUCUGGGUAUCUAUAGGGUUACAGAUACAACCGAGGUCGUUACCGCUAUUGUGUCAUCGGCUGCUGGACACUUGACGGGAACGGUUGAAUCAGUGAAAUCUGUACAUGCAGCGUUCGAUGUGUUAAGCACGUCUGUAUAGAUACGCCAGUUUCGAUAUACAGUACCGAAGGUUUUUUUCACCUCUCUCUCUCUUCACGCUAAAUCUCGCGUCGAUCGGCAAUCGGGUCCUUUCGGAAUCUCACCGUUUUCACUUUCUUUCAGAAUGGAAAUUAAUCAUUUGGGGAUCAACGAGCACGUAUUCGAAAAGGCACUUCGAAGGAAAUUCUCCGUGGAAAAUGUGAAAAUCUUGGAGAACACGUGUUGUUGUAUAUCGGACGUAGGGACAAACUUUCUCAGCGAUCUUUACGAAGCCUCUAUCAGAUACGCGAUCAUUUCUAACAACGGGGAAACGAAAUACGAAGGUUCGGUCAGUGCUAUUAUUAAGACGGAACCGUCCAAUGAAAUAUCACGCGACAUCGUUCGCAAACAGGAUUUGUUUGCGAUCGAAUUGAAAUUUUUGCGCGAUGUUCUACCGAGGAUAAGGGAAACCGUCGACUGUCAGUUAGGGCCGUCUUUGUGGUACGGUUCUACCAAUCCUCAUGUUCUUGUUAUGGAAAAUUUGAAGGAGAGAGGAUUCAUCAUGAAAGAUCGUCAAAAGGGUUUAUCAUUUGAACAUUGUUGUUUGGCCAUUGAAAGAAUUGCAAAAUUACACGCUGGAUCCGUUGCGGUUAACGAAAAGAAUCCAGAGAUAAUGGAACAUUUCAAGAAUGGCGGCAUCGUGUCAACCAAAUGUCCAGUCACUUUCUCAAAACUGAUGGAAGUAUCCCUCGUGCGAAUAGGCAACCAGAUAAAACAAUGGUCAGACGAACGGUGCGUGAGAGCAGCGGACAAAAUAAUCAAAUUGUCGGAAACUAUUUUACCUCGAUGUAUGGAUGUGUACAAGUACGACUUCGACGAGUUCUGUGUACUAAACCACGGGGAUAGUUGGAUCAACAAUAUGAUGUUUGUAGAAAAUGAGAAAGGCCAACCUAUUGAUUUCCUAUUGGUCGAUUAUCAAAUGGCAGUUUACACAUCUCCAGCUAUCGACUUGUUGUACUUUCUAAAUAUUUGCCCCGAGUACGAUAUAAAGUACGAUAAGGAUGAUUAUUUCCUGAAGAUUUAUCUGGACACGUUAGAGGAGACUAUGAAAAGUAUUAGUUGCAAAAGGAAACCACCAACGAUGCAACAAUUAAAAGCAGCAAUUCACAAAAGGAGGGUAUACGCUAUUCUAUCUGGAAUCAUUCUAUACUUGCGCAUGAUGGCGAAUAAAGAGGACACCGAGGGUUUCCAGAAAGUUGAAGAAUUAACGUACGAGACUAUAAUGGACGUUUUCAAGAAUCCAGAUGCGGUGAAACUCACGCAUAAAAUGAUCCCAAUCAUGGACGAGAGAGGUUACUUCGAUUGAAACGAUUAUUUCUGUAUUGAAAUAGCGAUUAGUUUAUUUAAAACGUGAUUCGACGAACAGGAACGUAACGUACAUUACAUAUACUUUAUGAUUUAUUAUACAUAUACGUACGUACACAUGAUUUAUUACCUUGUUACACAACGUAGAUAUUCAUAUAUGAAUAUAUAGGUAUGUUAAAUAUACGCAUAAAU